AUGCGGGUGAAGAAACCCUACCUCAAAGACCGGCUUCCGAAUCGACUCUGUCACCUGUGCAAUCGGGCUUUCUGCGUCGAGCAUAAAGGCGAGAAGGAAGGUGUCUGCGAAAUCAACCAUGAAACGUACUACAGGAAUCACAGGGGCAUUCAGCAUAGCAUAUACCGGACGUACGAGGAGUGGAAGAGGGACUGUGAGAAGAUGAGGCUUGAAGAGAUGUCGUCGGGUGAUGAAGGAAGAGGUGGUGGCCGUGCCGAAAAAGAAGUUGGCGGGAAGGUGGUUGGGGAAGAUAGUGCUGACGUAGCUUCCUCACAGGUUGGAGGAGGAGGAGGAGGAGGAGUAGCUUUAAAGUCAAGCGCAUAA